CCGUUAUCGCGUUCGUUCCAUCGCCGAAGAUUUAAAUGCUGCCGGGUUUCCCCCUUCCUCCAGCCACUGAAAACGAGGCAGGGUGAUCACAUAUAAUAAAUAAACAGACCGAACGACAGACUUUUUUUUUGCCUCCCUUUUAAUGAAAUGUUCGGUCACUUUCUGAAGUUUUUAUUUUUCAUUUGUUUGGUUGUGGCCUUUACCCAUGUUGCACCACAGUAUUGAUAGUUGAGUUAAGAUGGCGGUGCAGGAGUCAGCUGCUCAACUCUCGAUGGCAUUAAAGGUCCAGGAAUAUCCGACUUUAAAGGUACCUUAUGAAACCUUGAAUAAACGAUUCCGAGCAGCCCAGAAAAAUAUUGACCGAGAAACUAGUCAUGUAACCAUGGUAGUUGCAGAACUGGAGAAAACAUUGAGCAACUGCCCAGCAGUGGACUCUGUGGUGACUUUGCUGGAUGGUGUUGUUGAGAAACUCAGCGCUUUAAAAAGAAAGGCAGUUGAAUCAAUCCAAGCUGAAGAUGAGAGUGCAAAACUUUGCAAACGGAGAAUUGAACACUUGAAAGAGCACAGCAGUGACCAAGCAGCAGCAGUUAAUAUGUGGAAGAAAAAGCGCAUGGACCGUAUGAUGGUGGAACACUUGCUUCGAUGUGGCUAUUACAACACUGCUGUUAAAUUGACCAAACAGAGUGGAAUUGAGGACUUAGUGAAUAUUGACAUGUUUCUAACGGCAAAGGAGGUGGAAGAGUCACUUGAAAGGCAAGAGACAGCUACUUGUCUGGCCUGGUGCCAUGACAAUAAAUCAAGGCUGAGGAAAAUGAAGAGCUGCCUGGAGUUCAGUUUGAGGAUUCAGGAAUUCAUUGAACUUAUCCGACAAAACAAGAGACUGGAAGCAGUCAGACAUGCACGGAGACACUUCAGUCAAGCUGAGGGAGGACAGCUGGAUGAAGUACGGCAAGUAAUGGGUAUGCUGGCUUUUCCCUCUGACACUCAUAUUUCACCUUAUAAGGAUCUCUUGGACCCAGCCCGAUGGAAGAUGCUUAUUCAGCAGUUCAGAUAUGAUAACUACAGACUUCACCAGCUUGGAAAUAGUUCUGUCUUCACUAUAACACUUCAAGCAGGGCUGUCAGCUAUAAAAACACCACAGUGUUAUAAAGAAGAUGGCUCCUCUAAAAACCCAGAUUGCCCUGUCUGUAGCAAAUCUCUGAACAAACUUGCACAACCUCUGCCUAUGGCACACUGUGCCAAUUCCCGACUGGUCUGCAAGAUAUCUGGCGAAGUUAUGAAUGAAAAUAAUCCACCCAUGAUGCUACCUAAUGGCUAUGUGUAUGGAUACAAUUCACUACUUUCCAUUCGCCAAGAUGACAAAAUCAUCUGCCCAAGAACCAAAGAGGUCUACAACUUCUCCCAAGCUGAAAAAGUGUACAUCAUGUAAAAAUGUGGAAAGGGCAUAGCCAGAAUCUGAACCACAGGAUAAUGUUGGUCAGGCUUACCCUUUUGGCUAUUGAGGGCUGCUGAUUACCUGUGGCAAUGCACCUUUUUAUUGGUGGAUGUGUGUCUCUUGCGACCAAAGAUCCAAAAGGAACAAGAAAUACACUUGCUAUUGUAUGAUGACAAAAAGGAGCUUAUGAUGAACUUGACCAGAGUUUGUACUGAGAAAGUGAAAUAAAACAAAUGAGGCUUUGACGUGGGUUUUGUAGUGGUUUACAUUAUCUGAAGAUUUUUGACAGUUUUCAAAUGUACUUCAUUCGUAAGUUUAAAUUUAGUAACUCUCAUUAGUGUUGUGCUUGGGGGUACAAUAUUGAAUUGUUCGGCUGCCUUAUUUCAAGCCUUCAAAAUUUACAUAACUUGCACAACUGCAACUAAAGGUGUUUUCAGGUCGUAAUGUUUUAGAGUAGUUUGCACUAAUAUACUUCAGUUUAACCGGAUCAGCUGUAGAACAAAACCUGCCAUAUUUUGAGCAAUUGUGAUAACGUUCCAAGCACUAGAGGUUGGGAAUUCCAGGAACCUUACAUUUUAGCACUAUUUAUGCAUGCAGAUACUGUUAGAUUGUAGACCAAAAAUUAUAGCUUCAAAAAAUUGGAAGCAACU